AAGCGAAUGUAAAAUGUAAACAAAAAAACAAACACAAAAUUAAUGUUCGUCGCGCAAAAUAAAUCACCGAGGCAGUCAAACCAAACAAUAAUAAAGACAACCAACCUGAUAAAAAUAAGGAAAACAUAGUAUAGAUUCACACACAAAUCAGAAACAGGCACUAUACACACGAACACAAAUCAAAAAGCAAACAAGGCGGCUGUGCGGGGCAGAGGAUCCUUUCUUUGCUGUUUGAUAGGAAACCGAGGCACUGUUGUGCUUGCGUCCGCCACAAAAAUGGGCGCUUGUGUUUGUCGCAUGAAUCCCGACAACGAGACUAUGAGCGUCUCGUCGGCGAGCAUAUCGCGUCCACCCAGUGCAGGCAUUGCCUUGGGCGCGUCGCGCAAAAAUCGCCCACUCUGCCAUGAGACAAUACGCUGGCGUUCCGACGUGCCAUUGACCGAGGGACAGCUGCGCUCAAAGCGGGACGAGUUCUGGGAUACGGCCCCGGCCUUUGAUGGUCGCAAAGAAAUCUGGGAUGCCCUGCGCGCCGCCACCAAUGCCGCCGAAGGGCUGGAUUUUCAAAUGGCCCAGGCCAUACUGGAUGGGGCCAACGUGUCAGUGCCAAAUGGCUACCUCACAGAGUGCUACGAUGAGCUGGGCACGCAGUACAAGGUGCCUAUAUACUGUCUGUCAUAUCCCAUUAAUAUCGUGAAGGAGGAGAAUGGACGAGACUCGCCCGCUGAAUACUCAGAGCCAGUGGAUGGCGGCACCGAGAUCUUUCUCAAGCUGCGCAUAUCAUCGAGCAUGACUGAUGUUAAACUGCCAGUAUACUCCAAGGAUACGGUGGGACAGUGCAAGAAGAAGUUGCAGGCUACGGAGGGUGUGGAUGCAUGUUGCCAGCGUUGGUUCUACAGUGGGAAACUGUUGGGCGACAAGGUGCCCAUCGACGAAUGCAGCAUACACCAGGGCUAUGUGGUCCAAGUGAUUAUCAAUACGGAGCACUACAACCACGACAAUAGCACGAGUACGGUGCACAUGUCGCUUGCGAGCUAGCGGCGCAAGCAACACAAACUAGUCAACAGCAAGCCACGACAGCAGCAGCAACAAGCACAGGAACAACAGGAGCAACACUCGCAGAAGGCGGAGGACGAGGCCAAAGGAAACAGAAUCAUGAAUAAUGUCAUAUACUCAAUCUGUCGCACAAAAAGCCCAAUCUGUGAUGAUGUACAGCGCAAAGGGAGACAGCAAAGGCUACAGCAACAGCAAACAUAUUGCAUUUAUCAAAAUCCGCAGCAAUUACAAAUUGUUGCUCUCUCUGCCUUGUUGUUAUUGUUGUUUAUAUGGCUGCUCGCCUUGUUAUGCUUUGUGUAAUAUAUUUAAAAACAAAAAAUCAAAUAACAAAAAAAAGAAACCACAAAAAAAUGAUAGAAAGGGAAAUUGCAAAGGGAAAAUGCUUGUAAGAAGAACAUAAAAUAUAAUGUAAUAUUAUACAUAUAUAUUUUUUUGAUAAUAAUUACAGAUAAUACAACAGAUUAAGGCAAUCUUUAUAAAGCAUAUAUAAUUUAUAUAUAAAUGAAGGCAGAGAGCAUUACUGAACUUCUCGAUUGAACAACUAGAAACUGUACAUUUUUAUAUCGAAAUUAGCAACAACAAAAUUGAAGAGUAGAGCAAACCAUAAGCUAAUUAUUAACUAAUUGUAAGCAAGUGUUAGAGCAUUUGCCUAAUUCUAAUAUCUGAAGCAAAUUAGCUAAAAUCUGUAGUAUUUCGGCCGCAACAAAACCAAUCAAACCGAUUUUUUGAUACUGUACAAAAUGCCAAGCACAAUAAAAGAUUGUGAGAGAAAACCCGUAAGUAGAAACAAUACAAAACCAGAAAAAACAAUACAAAUAA